AUAUAAAGAACAAUGCCAUUAAUUAAUGUGGUAAUGAUCCUAAUUAUUGUCUUGGCCUUGGAUAGGCUUUUCUAUCCAUUUCCCUUUACUUUUGAAGAUAUUGGUUGUGUCCUUCUCUGACCAAGAUGGAUGUGCCUAAAUAGGUGUGGGUUGAUGGACCAACUGUAGAAGUGUUACCAUGUAGAUCAAAGGAGGGAAGAAGGCUUUUUCCCUUCUUAUGUUUGGCUCAGCACAACAGACAUCGUCAGUGAGACGUGAAGAACUUUCUUCCGCCCAUGACAGCUUGGAAGUUGGCUUGUAGUUUUUAUGUGGACUUUUUCCCUUUGUCUAGUGUUUAGGGCCCAAAGCAUGAAGAGUUGUUUAAGUAGGCAAAAUUGGUGAAUGUACAUGUGUAGUUUAUGUUACAGCGUUUGAAUGCUGAAACAUGGAUUGUCCACUAGUUGAGGUUUCUGCUGCAAAUUAUGUGGGCAAUAAAAGUUCUGAAUAGUCUGGAAUUACAUGAAAAGGCAUUUAGUAAAAUUAAAUGUGUGGUUUUGGACCUUCAGAUCUUGUGAGAAUAAUACGUUAUUUCUAGAUCUCAGCUGAACCUGUUGCACCUCUACGUUUGCAUUCUGGAGAAGGCAAAAUCUGUGAAUUUGCUGAUUGCAAUGCCGUUCUUAAAGCUCUACAGCCCAUUUUUCAGGAGCAGGGAAUGACAGAAACAGUUCAUAACUGGGAAGACCAUGGUUAUUUAGCAACCUACAUCAAAAAAAAUGGCAGUUUUGCCAAUUUGAGAAUUCACCCUCAUGGAUUAGUGUUGGUGGAUCUGCAGAGCUACAACGACCAUAUUAAAGGAAGAGAGGAAGUUGAUCAGCUUCUAAACAAAGUAGAAGAAAGAAUGAAAGAACUGUUUCAUGGUAAUAUAAAAAGGGUGAAACGGUUGCCAGCCAUUUUGAGAGGAGGUGUCAUUGAUAGAUACUGGCCCACAGCUGAUGGGCGCCUGGUGGAGUAUGACAUAGAUGAAGUUGUUUAUGAUGAAGAUUCACCUUUUCAGAAUAUUAAAAUUCUGCAUUCAAAACAGUUUGGGAAUAUUCUUAUCCUCAGUGGGGAUGUUAAUUUGGCAGAAAGUGAUCUGGCAUAUACUAAAGCCAUAAUGGGCAGUGGAAAGGAAGACUACACUGGGAAAGAAGUGCUAAUCCUAGGAGGUGGUGAUGGAGGUAUACUAUAUGAGAUAGUCAAACUGAAGCCAAAGAUGGUUACUAUGGUAGAGAUUGACCAAAUGGUGAUUGACGGGUGUAAAAAGUACAUGCGUAAAACAUGCGGAGAUGUCUUAGACAAUCUGAAAGGAGAGUGCUACCAGGUUCUAAUUGAAGACUGUAUUCCCGUACUGAAGAGGUAUGCCAAAGAAGGGAGAAUGUUUGAUUAUGUAAUUAAUGAUCUGACAGCUGUUCCAAUCUCCACAUCUCCAGAAGAAGAUUCCACAUGGGAAUUUCUGCGGUUGAUUCUUGACCUCUCAAUGAAAGUUCUGAAACAAGAUGGAAAAUACUUCACACAGGGAAACUGUAUAAAUCUGACUGAUGCCUUGACUCUGUAUGAAGAACAGCUUAGCAGGCUUUAUUGUCCUGUGGAGUUCUCAAAAGAAACAGUGUGCGUUCCCUCCUACAUGGAAUUAUGGGUAUUCUACACUAUUUGGAAGAAGCAAACUGACAUCUGAACAUCAAGAUUGAGAUUAUCCUAAAUGUACAUGCUGCAUGGAGCGUAUAGGCCUACCACAUGCUGCAUAUUGGCAUCCUGAACCUUUAAAUUAUAUGCUGUAGAUGAUCCUGAAACUUAGUCAUGCUAUUGAUUGUGAAUUCUUUAAAUGUUUUUUUAUUAUUAUUUUAAUUUAAAAGCAAAUGGAAAAUGUAUAUUUUGACGAGCUAGGGUGUUAUUUUUGAAAGUCAACUUAAAGAUGAAUAAGCAGCAAAACUAUAUAGCUGCUGACUGCACUGAACCUUUAGAAUGUGAUCCUUUUUAUUUUUUUGUAGAUCUUCACAAACUGAUUGAUUAAAAAAGACAUCUUUAGCAUUUCAUCCCUGAAGGGUGGUCCAUGGAGUUUGUUUUUGUUUUUCCAACAGAUUUUUCAUCUGUGGUGCUUUUCAAGGUUGGAGAGGGUUUUUGUUUGGUUUUGGGUUUUGUUUAGUUUUUUUUUAAUGAACAAUGCAGUGCUUCCAUAUAGAGAAGGGCAUAAUUAAAAAGAAAAAAUCUUCUAAGAGAAUACCCCAAAUCCUUUAUUGCAAAGGGAAGAAAGCCAGUUUUAAAAAUUUCGUUUAUUUACUCUAGUUUCAUUCAUCAUAAUCUCUGCUGCAGGAGAAGAAUCUUUGACCUUUCACCUCCUGGAGUUCUUUGGCUGCUACCAUAUUGAUUAUUUGGAUUCUGAUAUGGAUUUAACAGUGAGUUAUAGAGGCACUUUGAACUGUUUAAGCAUGAGGAUCAAAGCUGGUUUUCCAUCCCACCACAAGGCAAGAAACUGAGUGCAGUGAGGUUCUUAUGGGCAUACUCUCCCCAGCCUUAUGGGAAGCAUUAGAUUUCUGAAGCAAAGGUUGCUUUAGAGGGUGAAGAAAUGUGGAUGUGACCCAUCUUCAUGUGCCCCUGUACUGAAUGUUUUGAGGCUUCAGUAGGGGAAGUCUUAGUCGUAUUGCCACAGAUUGACCAUGUUGUGCGAGGCUCUUGCUGAAUUAGAUUCACUUCCAGUAUAAAAAUCAGUGGAAGCUAAGAUUGCAUUGUAGUUCCUCUGAAAGACAAAGCAUUUUUCUUAAGCAGUUUCUCAUGUUGUCUAAAGUUAUAUUUUUGUAAGAAUUUGCUAUGUAUUGCCUAAAACAUUUCUUUCAGUGUUUAAAAAUCCCACUUGAAAAUAGAUAGGAAGGAUAUAACCAUUCUGUGCAUUUCUGUAUUUUUCCGGGAUAGAAUAAAAACUGCACUAUUUCCCUAAACACUCUAAUCCUGAAAAAUAAUGAUUUUUUCCCAUUCAAUACCUAGUAUCAGCAUUUUCUUAGUUUUAUUGGAGAGAGUUGAUUUGCCCUCCCAAGAUACUGUUAAUGAAUACAAAAAAAAAAAAGCUAUCAUUAAUCUGUAUUCUUAAACCAUACAUAAAGAAAAAUUUUAUUGCAUCCCACAUAUAUAAACUGGUCAUGGAAUCCAAGUAGCCUCUGUAGAAUUCCAGAUUGAUACCAGAAAACUUGCAAAAAUUUGCUCUUUGUUUGGUCUAUAAUUGGUGUGUAAUUGUUAAAAUAUUUUCAGUUGGGAGUGCCCAUAGAAACAUUCUUCAGUCUUGCUGUUUUAAAUUAUUGCAGUUAAUUCUCCAGUAUACAUGGGGCAUAGUUCUUCCAUGGCCUACAGCUUAUGCAUCCCUAAAUACUCCCAAAGAGCAGAACUUCCCUCUAAAAAGGAGAAAAGUGCAUUUCCCUGAGGGUUUUAGCUCUUUUGUAUGCAUCCCAGAAAAUACCUUUAUAGUAUUACCUGUAACCUAGUAGUGACCCUUCAUUUAUGAUACAGGACUGCAAUCAGUAUAUUGUAUAGCUGCAAAUGAGUGCAGAUGUCCUGUAAACAGAUAGGUGUAUCCAUAAGUUUGCAAGCAUGAAUAUCUCCAUUGAUUCUUAGUGUGAUUACUCAUGUAGGUGAAAUUAAGCACACAGGCACUCACUGGGACAGAGCCUACAGAGUCUGUGUUCCCAGGUGAGCCUGACAGAUGUACAAAUCAGUCACAACAAGUGCAGGUGGCUUGUUUUUUAGCAAGGAAACUUGUGAACUGGAAGAUGACUCGAUCUGCUUGCUGUACCAAGGCUUGUACUUCCCUUUAGCAUCACUGCUCAGGGCUGCCUGAGCACAGAGAGCUCUUGGGUGUGCAGGGAUGUUCUCUAAUGAUUCCCAGAUUGACCAGGGGACCUGAAUUGCAUAUUAAUAGGUGAGAGGCAGCAGUGCUUGCAAACUUUUUCUUUUCAACAGAUUAAAUUAAAAAAAAAAAAAAGAGAGAGUUGGAGGAAUUAUUUUUAUUCUUUAAACUUUUUUUAAAUGUAGUUUUUUUGAAGUGAUAGAUGCAGUAUAAAGCAAUUCAGCAAACACUGAACAUUAUAUUUUUUUAAGUUGCUGAAUUGAUUUUGAGCAAAUAUAUACACACUGUCGGUCCUUAUUUAUUUGUUGCUGUAGUGUAGAUUUUUUUAAAAGAAAAACAAGUCUGUAUUAGAAUUUUCAAAUGCAAACUGCUAUAGCUGAUGGGUUUUCCAUGUUUAAGGCCAGUUGGGAAAUAGCUAGGAUUGCUGCACUAUGUAUGCAAACAGUUCCCAAGAUACGGUUAACAUUAGAGGUUUCUUAAUUAUUCUUUGCACUAAAUGCUGCUUCCACCUAGAAGUUACUUGAUUGAUAGUAGUUUGUGCAAGGAGAAGACUGCUGGCGUUGUAUCUACUGCAUCAGUGCAGUGCACAUGUUAAAAUAAAGGUACGCUGUUAUUAUUUGUGUGUUUGAAUUGUUAAAUCCACUGUGGAUUCAGUGUUAAAGUGAUGGAAUUGAUGGGUAUGAUGCUUAACAUUGUACCUCUUUUUUCCUUUUCACAUGACAAACAUGAAGGUACUUCAUGGUCUUUUUACUGAGUAUCUUUUCUGUCUCAGAUUAAUACAGUCAGUGAUUUUUCAUAUAAUAAAUGCUCAGAUAAGAUACUCUCUAGUAUGGAGUCGCACACUGAUACUUGCAGUGGAGAGAAUCACUUGAGGCUUCAGUGAUAUUUGCCUAGGAAGCAUUAAUUUUCUCUGGAGUGCUGUAGAUAGGAAUUUGGAGGUUUGUAAGUGUAAGUUUUAGUUUUUCUGCUAAAGUGGCAAGUUGGCUUUGGGUGGCGGUGUGACUCGUGUGACAGAGAAAAGACAGGCUUGGGAGAAGUCAGUAAGACAUGGAGAGUGAUGGAAGCUUUGACACAGAAGUUUGAGGAAGAGCGAGAAGGGCAUGAACAGGAUGGGCACAUGGAAGAAGUUAUUAAUCUUUCUGAAUCACACCCCAGAGUAAUGUCAGAGAAUGAAAGAACGUGACUUCUAAAAAAUGUAGAUUUACAUUAGUUCCAGCUAACUGCAAAGGAGAAGUAUUUACAUCUGCAUUAAGUACAGUGAUAACAGAAGGCUUGAUAGUUGGGAACAAGAAGGGGGAAGGCUUAACUUUUUGAGGGGAAAAAAAGUCUCACAGACUGAGGCCAGGAUAAAGAGUAAUUUUGGAACGCCUACAUGCACGACACGGAACAUAGGUACCUCUUGCUAUUUUAUUUUCGCUGUUUGAGAAUUUGAGGUGUUGACAGUUUGCUGGAGGGAACAAGGCAAAGGGACAAGUGAGAGGAAGAGAACUCAAUUUCUUAUUUUAAUUUAGGAACAGGAGACUGCAGAUGAUGUUGCCUAUGGGUAAUAGGAGGAAACUGACACCUUGCCCACAGAGAAAAGAGUAGUUGGAGUCAUUAGAAAUGCUGAAGGAGCAAGUGAGAGAAGUAGCAAAGUAAGCAAGUGCAAGAGUGAUUAAUAACAUUGAACUUAGAAGUACCUUUUUAAAAUGUGGAUUGCUUUAGGAAGCAAGGAGUGAGAAGUGUCAAAUGGGAACUGGAAGGAUGUGAAGAAGUUUAUACAGUGGUCAUACAUUUCAAUGAACUUCAGAGACAGAAAUGGAGAAGGUAGAAAGGAGUGUGAAAUGCACUUCAUAAUUGGAAGUGAUGAGAACUGCUGUGCAGUGUCAAGGGAAGAAGGGAUGCAGGCCUAAGAGCCAUUAAGAUGGAAAGGAACUGGGGGAAUGAGCCAGGAGGAGGAACCAGAAACGGGACAGCACAACAGAUGUGGUGUGGGGAUUUGGGGAACACAUCUGGACAUACAAAAAAAGGAGUGCCAGUCACACUGCUCCCUUGUCCUUUGAAGGUACCAGAUGGAGAAGGAGGAGAGAUUGAAAAUGUUUGGAUUUGUUUUGUUGUUUUUUUUAAGUGAAUAAUGAUUGCAAAAUGGCUUCCAAGUAUUUCAGGAGGUAAAGAACUUUGCUGGAAGCUAAAUGAUGACCAAAAGGAAACUUCAGAUUAAGGAAUGUUUAAGGGUAGACCGAUUCCCUGUGCAAAUAAAUACAAACUUCAUGAAGCCCAAAGGAAAGGCAACUGUGGGAUUUAAUCGUCGUGAGUUGUCAUUCUGAGCAUGGAAGGCUGGAAGGCAGAAGCACCCCAGUGGCAUCUCUGCUGUCUUCAGCUCAUGGAUCUGGAAAAUCUGAUCAGAACUGGAAAAUGAAUGAAAAUAAUAAUAACAAAAAGCACCGCUACAGCCAUCUGACUUCGAAGUGCCAUGACAACUUCAUUGUGUGUUACUUGAGAGGAUGUUCCAUGACCUCAGUUAUGAAUGCACAGCACAGUGUGCCAUACUGCCUGUACAGCACUGUUAGUAUGAUCUGCCUUGGAAAACCCAAAGACAGAAGUAUUUUACUGAUGUAUAAUGGAAACACCUUUGCGCAACUGUUCUUUGUAUAGAUAUAAAAGCACCAAUGGAAUAAAACAAUAGUUUUAGUAGAUGAGAAUAACAAA